UCUACAUGUAUUAUAUAGUUUAAAGGUUUUCCGAAAAUCAAAUCUAGUUUCGGUUUAGAAUAAUGUGUACAUUUCUGGAUCUGUCAAAGUAUAUUGAACAGCCGGCCGACGUUAAGGCAUACUACUAGAUACAUGAACGAGCUUCACAUAACACGAAAUGACCAAUAAAGCAGCAUCGCUUGAAAAGACGCUCAUUUCAAUGUGUGAAACUACAAAUUCAAAUGCUUUUGAUUUUGAUUUUGAGAGUGCAACAGAUAAUAUCAACAAUCAGAAGGAGAAAGAUGUCGAAAAAGCAAACAAAUCAACGAAACUAGAACCGGUUGAAUUGACUGCAGUGGAAACUCAGUUUUUAGCAGAAAAAAAUAGCGAUUUUGAAGUUGAAGUUUCGUUGCGAUCACAAUCACAAGGAACAAAAUUUAAGACAAGUAUUGUUGAAGAUGAAAGACAGCAUGAAUGCUCUGAGCAAGAUAACAUCAAAGCAAUUGCUACUGGAGUCUGUGAUUCCAAAAAGGUUGCGCCCUCAGAUUUAGAACCAGUUGAUGGUAAAAAUGUAUAUAGCGAAUCAAGUUUUGAUGAGGAAUUGUCAAAAUUGAAUGAACUCAACGAUGAAAUUGAAAAGAUGUUUAAAAAAGAAACAUAUCAUAUAGAGGAAAAAGCUGAUACUUUUAGUAAAGAAAAACCUAAUGCGAUAGAUACUGAUAUACAGCGCUCAUUUGAAUCAGCAGAAUACAACCCAGAUGAAAGCAAAAAAGUUGAUAAGACUUCCUGCGUACGAGAAUCGGUUGAAAUACUUAAUAAUGAAGAUGCAUUACCAAAUGAAAAUAUGUCAUCUAGUUAUGAUCCUAAUAUAAACACCAACGUUUCACAAGAGCAAUAUACAAGUGAAACUGAAGGCAAAUGUGAAGCACAAGACAAAGACAUUUUCGAGAUAAAAAGUGAAACGAACAGGGAAUGCGAGGCUGUGGCAAAUAGAGACGAUAUUAGUGCCGAAUUAAAGCAUUUGACAGAAGAAUGUUCACAACCUUUUAUUUCAUUUCGUCAAUCAAGAGAAUCUUCCAAAACGGUACAAAAUUGUGUACCAAACACGAUCAGUUUUGAAACGGACAGUAACAUUAAGCCAUCGUCACAGAUAACAUCGACGAGUGCAAAUGAACUUGAAACAGACAAAAAUGACAUAGGUGAUGAACCAACAUGUGUAUAUAACUAUGUAAAUGAGAAGGACAAUGAACAUGAACUGAUCGAUGAAUGUUUUAUUAAUAAGCAAACUGGACUAUCAAAAACUCAAACAGGGAUUAAUGCUUUACUUAAAUUGUCAGAUAAAGACCUAGAACAGAAUAAUGAUACGAUGAAUAUGGAAGGAGAGGAGGAUGACACAAGCGUUAAUAACUCUUUGGAUGGUUCUGAAGAGUUGAAAAACAAGCAACGAAAUGAAGCUGAAGCUCAUGCUCAUACCUCUAAUACAACGUCAAUAAAAAAAACAUCAAAUAAAUUUGCGAAAUAUUUUGGAAAUUUUCAGUCUAACGACACAUUAACCAAGAACACAUAUGAAGGAGAUGACAAGUUAUCUACUAUAAAUGUUCCAUUUGAUGCUAUUGACAAACAAAACAAAGUGUGUAUUGAUAUAGAAACAAGCACAGAUCAAAAAGCAGAAGUAUCAAUACAUUCAAAAUCUCAGGUAACAGUCUUUAAUUUUGAGGCUAUUAGUUCUAGACACGUUGAAUCCGAUAAAAAAGAAAAACGAAAAAUUAUUAAGAUAAAAGCAGGACGUUCUCCAACCAAACAAGUUUCAAAUUCAUCUCAAUCAACCACAACAGGUUUGAAUAAUUUUACUCAUGUUGGAUCUGAAGUUACAUCUUUUCCAAACCUAGAUGAUCAACGAAAUCAUGUAAAAGAACUGCAUAGUAAAUUCCUUUGUGAAAGUCAUCACGAAGUUUGGAAAUUUUGGUGCAUGGACUGCAAAAAAUCAAGAUGUGAAAAAUGUAUAAACAUUUUCAGUAAGGAAAUUUGUAUAAAUCAUCAGUUAAAGAGUUUAAAACUGAUCGUAUCAAAGAAAAAGAAAAAACAGAAGACAGAAAUCCAAAGGGACAGCAAAAAUUGUUUGCAGAUUUUAGAUCAAGCUUUCCAAGAACUUCAACAAAAUGAACAAGAAUCUCAAUUUCAGGCAUUAAUUCAACGAGAACGAAUUCAUCAAGAAUUCAUAUCAUUUCAUCAUCUUCUUAUUGACGAAGAAAACAAGAUACUAAAACAUCUAGAUAAGACUUUGGAUGAGCAUUCUUUGCAGAAUAGUGAAGGUCAGAAGAAGUAUGGUUCGCUUAUUGACGCAGAAGCUUCAUUAAUGUGUGAAAGUUUAAGUUAUAUCGACAAAGAUGAUUCAUUCGAAACAAAUUUUAGUGUCGUUACCAGUCUCGCACAUGCACAAGUAAAAUUAAAAAAGCUCGGAAAUGAAGCUACACAUCUUUUAUGUUCGAUUCAACCAAUACCAAGCGCUAUAAACCAACUAUUUAGUUUGAACCAACAGAAGAGCGAAAUAUCAGCUCAUUUGGAAUAUGUGGAAGAUCCAUUCCAACUAUGUACUGUCGGAUCCACAAUGUUUAUGGAUGAUGAAUUUAUCGUAGCACCUAUUCAAGUAUCAGAUCUAUUCCUGUAUGCAAAUUCACGACGGACGUUUUCUGAAAUUUUCCUGUAUAUCGAAUUAAUCUGUGAUAAGAAAGUAAUAUUCAAAAAAGUUUUAAACAUGACCGAUUACGUAUUCAACUACUAUGGCGGGUAUUACCUUCAUCCUUAUAGGCGGUACCUUGUUAAAGCGAAGCGUGUGACGAGCAAUGAGAUGGAUCAAGUGAAAGCAGACCGUAGCACAGACAGAUACAAGCAUAUCUUAAUAGUAACAGGUAAAGGUCCUCGCACUACAUAUUCUAUGCAUAGUGAGGCUCGAGUGCUCAACUUCAUAGCAAACACAGAUUGCAGUCAAAGACAAACUUGUCGCAGAAUUAUCAACACUUAUCGAAGAAACAGAACCCGAGUAUUUUGGAAUAUAGGAUUUCUACUUUGGAGACAAUCAAAGAUGUGGCCCUUUUCUGCAGUGGAAGGUUGCAAAGAUUUGUAUGACAUCAGUCCAGAAGAAAUGAGAUCUUUAGCGUACAGAUUAGAUAGAUCGUCAUAUGUGUCAUUAGAGAACGAAUUGUCAGAUACUUUUGAUGUGAUGUGCUCUAACGAUGAGAAAGAACUACUGGAUAAUCUCAAUUUAAUGUAUCAAAUUGCAGAAAAAAUUGAUACAACGACAAAUGCAAACGUCAAGUUAGAUAUUGAAAUGAAAACAGUCCAACACCAAGAGAUGGAGACUCAAAGAGAAAGUUUCAAUGCACAGUUGGCAUCACUUAAGGAGGAGAUUGACAGCAAGCAGCAUUCUAUUGACCAACUCAAACAGGAAAACGAGAAAUUGUCUGUGGCUAAUGUCAAAUUAAAUGAGGAUACAUGCAAGAAAAAACAUAAUGAAUUAGAGUCAGCCAUGAUGACCGGAAUAUCAUCACUCAUUCAUAACGACGAGGUAGAAGAACGGGAUCUCGCUUGUUUUGAGAAAUCUACGUCUCAAAUGGACGAAAAAGAUGACAAAAAAGAUGACGUGGACAAAUUUCGUCACCUGUAAAAAGGGAAUGACGCCGAAACUACAAAAAAAAACAACCUACUAAGAUCAACAAUAGAAUAUGAUGUUAGAGAAGCCAAGGAAGAAGCUAUAAGAGACAGACAGAAGUUUGAAAAUAUUUUAAUUAUAAAAACUGAAGGAAGUCCUGACCUUUCUGGUUUUUUUUAAACUAUUGAGCGGUAUCCGAAACUAUAUGGGAAAUCAAUAAUAGUUGCCACUGAACACAAAACGAAUUGCGAAAUUAAAAAAAAACACAAAAAAAACCAAAUUCAUAUAUUUUCUAUGAUUGUAUAAAGUAACUUCGAGAAUCUUUUGUUUAAGAUAAAACAGAAUAUAAGGUAUUCAAUACACUGUUAAUCUAUAAAGAUAAUAAAGAAAUUCAUAUCAGUCAAUUUAGAACUUAUAAAUAAACGAGUGUCCGGACAUACACAAGAAAAAUAUUUACAGCUACCGAGAGAGAAUGUUUAUAGAAAUUGCAGAAUUGAUAUUUUGUCUUAGGCCUAAGCAUUACGUCUCGAACUUGGUUUUACAAAAAUACAUUUAUAUUUACCUGUGUAUAUUAUGACGCAGGUGUUUGUUUCCAAAAGUAAUGAUUUUCUAAAAAUUGAUUAAUAUUUCACAGCGGUAUUGCGUCAACCUUUUUAUUUAUGUUUUACCUUAACUAUUUGUCCCUUAUAAUUUGUAUUAGCUAUAUAUUUUCAUUCAGUAUGAUAGAUCAUAUUUAUUCGUUCA